CAGCCCUCCUCUAUUUCUGUAAUUCUCCUUUCUUUGCUCUGUGCUUUGCUUAUCCUCAUCUCCAUGUCUUCGGCUUCGCGUGCUCAGUAUGAUGUAGAGUUUUGAAAGAGUCGCUAAAGCAAGCUGCUUUCGACGACGUCAUUGCUGGCUGAUCGGAAAUCACGACGGGAGCUCGCCGUAAAGUAAGAAGAAUUCCGAGUGUAAAGUUCAUUUUUUACGAUAGGAACCCUGAAUAAGGGGAGAUAGUUAUCUUAGCUAAAUAGAUAUAAUGGAGAACAUGCAGUAUGCUGAAGAACUUGUGAGGGAAUUUAUUGUUUUCAGAGGUUUUACUAAUACUCUCCAAGUCUUUGAAAGAGAAUUGUCAACCGAUGUUGGUAGAAGCUUUCAAGUGGAUAAGAUCAUAGAACUAGUUUUCUCAGUUUAUGUUCCAAAAUAUCAAGCGGACAAAUUAGUUAGUUUGCUGAGCUUUUUCAAGCAAUGUUUUUCCUCAUCAUCAGAUGCAGUUCUUAUUUCUACGCUAUCGAAGCUUGAGUUGUCAAUCUUGCGCUAUUAUAUUGUUCAUGCUUUGCAAACCGGAAGACAGGACAAGGUAGUGGAAUUUUUUGCUUCAAACGGGAAUUAUCUAUUGCAGAGGCGUGAAGAAUGGCUACCAUGGUUUGCUAUUCCAUAUCUUAAGAAUCCAAGCUUGGAUCCUCAGUAUCGUGUGUAUUUUUCAAAGGACUGGUUUGAUGCCUUGCAACUUUCAUUCCACAAUAUCUUGAGUGAGAUAUUCAAUGGGACUCGUGUCCCCGCUCUAUUAAAGAUAAGUACAGAAAAGAAUACAGUCAGGCGUCUUGAAGCUGACAUUAAGCAACUAAACCAGAAGCUAUCACAACUUCAAGCUUUGUUAGAGACAAAGGAAUCUGAGAUAUUAAGACUAAGAAGUAUUGCUGCAACUGUGCCUGAAAUAUGCAAUCUUCAAGCGAGGAACUCUGUUGAUAGUUCAUCACAUGAACACACAUUGACGGAUAUCGGAAACAGUCUCUUAAGAGAGGGCUGCCAUGAAAGUACCACUUCUAACGAUCCCCAUGCUGGGGCUAGGAAAGUUGCCAAUGGAGGGGAUAUCUCAAUCUCAGCUAAUACUUCUCAGGAUCUAGUAGUAUCAAAAUCAGAUGUUUCUUCAAUCUCCUUGAAUAGAGUUUCCCCCAUUGAAGCUAAAGACAAGGAUGCUUCUCAGAUGUCCCUUUCAGAAAUCAGGCGAGAAGUUAUGAAGGAAGAUGAGUUCCCCGAAGUCUCAGUUGAGUUUCAGGAAACUUUUUUGGGGCAUACAAAUCCAAUUAGUAGGUGUCGCUUUUCUGCUUCUGGUACUAAUGUUGCUAGUGCUUCUGUAGACGGCACCGUCAGGAUUUGGACAUAUGGAUCAUCUACAACGGCAUCAAGAAAUGCAACUAUAUACUGUGGGGCUGAGAUCAUGUCACUUGAAUGGGAUUGCAGAUCUGAUCGCUUGCUGCUCAUAGGGACAGCUGAUGGAGGCAUUAAAGCCUGGAAUGUUGAUGCUAAGAGAGUUGUCUGUGAUCUAAAUACCACUCAAGAAUUCCCAAGCGUCAUGGACUUGAAGUGUAGUCCCGUGGAACCAAUUUUUGUCUCUGCUGCUGCAUCUAUGAGGCAUGGCUUUAGUAAAAUUGAUCAAAUGGGCUUUGCUUCUUUGACUGUUUGGAACAUGAAAACAUGGAAGGCCAUGGCAACCCUACCUCUUGGUAAAGAUCCACCAGCAAUCACUUCAUUGAGUUUCAAUCACAAUGGGAAGAUUUUAGCUGCUUCUGCUACUGAUGGGAUGAUUCACAUGUUUGAUAUGUCUGCUGGUCUACAAAUCACAGGAUGGCCAGCUCAUGAUUCAGCUGUCAGCUCAGUACUAUUUGGACCAGAUGAGACGAGCAUUUUCAGUUUGGGUUCUGAUGGCAAGAUCUUUGAAUGGAGCCUGCAGAAUCAAGGCCAAGUUCUUUGGUCCAGAGAUUGCAGCAGGUUUUGCUACCCUGAGAGUGAGAAGAUAUGCAGACAUGAAAUUGCACUGGAUUCAAAUGGAAGGAGAUUGCUAGUUACAUCAGGCUCAGUUAGGUCCCCCAUUUACCAGGUGCAGGAUCAUAUGAGCGCCUUCAAAACACUUCCUCAUACUGCAGCAAUAACAAGUGUGGAUUGGCAUCCUACGCUUCCAAUCUUCAUAACAGGCUCUGCUGAUCAUUCUGUUAGAGUAACCUCUGUUAUAUAGAGAUGUUAUUUUAAGUAUCCAUUUGUGUCUAUACUACUUUGAGGUACGUACAUAGAUUAGUGCAAUUCUUUUGUUUCAUAGAUGUUAGCACCUUUGAUAUUUAUUAAAACAUGCCAAAUAUCAUCCAUUUGGUUUAUUCAUUAUAACUAUCCAAGUAGUUUCUUGUGAUUUUUGUUGAGAUUUUAGGAAAUAAGUUUGUAGUUUUCACUUAGUGAGCAACUCUUUCUC